GAACUCCAACCAUAGUACAUUUAUUUCCAUCAACCUUGGAACUUCGACACACCACCACACCUCCAUCAAACAUACGCGAGCUGUAACUACGUCCACGAAUCCCCUCGUCUGCUCUGCGCAACUUCGACUAUCACAAAAAACCCGGCAUACGUAAAGAUGGUACAUCAAACCACAACGGGCAACCCGCUGAGCUCGGGUUCGCUCGCGCUGUUCAUGGCAACGUCGCUGCCAAAAGGCGAAUCAUCACAGCUCAAGAAUGGCACCGAAGCCGUCGCACUAGCCGUUCACGCCGGCAUGCUUGCUGUUGGCUUCCGCCUCAUCGGGCUGGGCGAAGACGAGCGCAUAGAAGCGCACGCAGACGCCGAAAACCCAGAGUCACUACCCAAAGAAUGGAAUGCAUCAUCUUCGUACGCUUUCAGAUACGCCCACGCGCAAUCAGCCAUGGAGUACCUCGUCAAGGUCAACAGGUUGGGAGGCAAAGCAGUCGUAUACGCUCUCGCGCUCGGCGAUGACAAGACCACACAUUUUGAAGUCACGACCAAGGACUACAUAUCUGAAUCACAGUUACCAUUCAGCGUGUCUGAAGACACAUCAACUGAGCAGGUGUCGGAGAAGGUGCAAGAGCUGUUCAUCUCUCCAGGCAGGCUGAACGACCUCGGCUCGCUCCUCAAGAUAUCGGUCAUACAGAAGCUGGCACCUGGGCUGAACAAGCCAGGCUAUGAGGAGGGCAACACCGAUCGCGAGCGUACCCCAACAGCAGGUCGGCAAGAACCACAGCGAGGAGAGCCUGCCAACCCACGGCAGCCCGCCACCGAGCCAGAGCCUGCGCGACCAUAUCCAUUCAACGAUCCUCUCGCUGCACGACCAGGCUCCGGGCGGCAUCUCCCUGAGCCAAUACCCGGUUUCGACGACGAGUUGGGCAUGAACCGGCAGCCUGGUCGCAUGCCUGGCAACAAUCCGAUCAACAUCGGUCACGAUGACUUAUACCCACAAGGUCUCGGACCAAACGAUCCCCUUCGUCCGCACUUAGCAGGAGGACUGCCACGGCCUGGCGGUUUCGGUGGGGGCGGUAUGCAUCCGACAUUCGAUGAUCCGCUGUUUCGCGGUCAAGGUGGGCAGGGCGGAUAUGAUCCCAGAGCACCCCCGGGGGCUCGUUAUGACCCUCUAGGACCAGGAGAUCCACUGAGGGAGGACAGAGGGAGAGGGCCCAUGUUCCCAGGCGGGGGCGGCUUUGGAGGGCCUGGUGGUUUCGGCGGAGCAGGUGGACGACCACCAAACCCGUUCGGUGGCUUUGGUGAUGGAGACUUCAUCUAAGCACCCAACAAAAGUUUGGUGACGGGCAGAAGCGAUAGGCGAAGAAGAGAUGACGAAUAAUUCACGAAUGACGAUUAACACGGCAGUAUGAUACGGCGUAGUAGUUGACGUGCAUGCGGCACAGGCAGGGCAGUGCUGCACCGCCUCAACACUGCAUCUCGGUGCUUGCGCAGGUACGAUAUGUAGAUGAACAUGUAGUAUAUUUAGAACGGCAGACAUGAAUAUCCAUUAUAACAGUUCCAUAUCCAA